AAAAUUCUCUGAUUCAUUCAUCAUCAUCUCAUUUUGUUUUUGUUUUGUUGUUUGUCAGUUCUGUCAUGGCUGAAGAGUAAGCAGUGUAAUCUCUCUGUCUCUGGGAUCAUAAUCAGACCUCCCCAUCGCUGGGAAAAAAAAUGGUCUUCUAAAGUGACAGUUCUCUUUCAGAAAUCCCCACCAUUUCCAGUCGCAAACUUUAUGUGGGUGGCUCAAGUGUGUUACGCUGAACCGUGCCCUCUGGGGGAUUAGCCUACCCCCCCAACACAAUCUUUCGACAUUAAAGAAAUAGGACAGAAAGUCGGUUUUCAUUAGCUUUAUACAUUAAUCCGUGUGGAUGCGGGGCCCCUCCUACCACCGUAUGAAGAAGAUUUCUUCAGCAGUCUGACUCGCCUUCUGGAAGAAUCGUGGCAGCAGCAGAGGAAAAGCACCUAAAUUACCUUUUUCUACAGUGUUUGGAAGAGAGUUUAUGUAGGAUAGAUCCCUCUAGAGUACAUUCAGAGUGGAGAAAUGCAACCUAUAUGAGAAUAUUAGUUUUGAAAGGGAAAAACUGCAGCAUUUUUUUCCUAGAAUUUUUUAUUUAUUUAUUUUAUUUUUUGGUAAGAAUUAGCGAUGUUGGGGGUGAAGAGGUGAAAACCGUGAUGAACGUACCGGCCACAGAGCGUGGAGAGGCAUGCGCGCCUAUCCUCCAGGGGCUAUGGGAGUAUGUGAGAGCAGGCCAGGAGGAGAUCCUGCUCUCCCCUUACCUGCCUGCGUCCUACGCCUUCUUGACGCACGUCCUGCUCUGCACACCUUUCCUCGCGCUGGACGCGCUGGGCAGCGUCAGUCAGCGGGUCAGGUCGUGGAGGAUCGCUGCAGACUCGGGUCCGCCGCCGUCUCUCCUUCGAUGGGUUGAUUGUUUCUGGAGGGUACUGUACAGAUACCUGUCUACCGUCCUCCCCGUCACCGCGCUGUUUCAGACGCUGAGGAGCCCCACGUUACCGGAGCUGGCUCCGUCCUGCUGGCAGCUCUUUGUGGAAGUCUUCGCAUGUUUUCUUCUUUUUGACAUGCUCUUCUUUAUAUGGCACUUAUCCAUGCACAGAGUUCCCUGGCUCUACUUUAACAUCCACCAGCUGCACCACCAGAACCGCAUACCCUUUGCUCUGGCAGCUCAAGACGCCAGCUCAGCCGAGCUGCUGUCUCUGCUGCUGCUGGCUCUGAGCAGCGCCUGGUUGGUGGGCUGCCACCCUCUGAGCGAAGCCUUCUUCCACCUCGUCAACAGCUGGCUGGCGGUGGAGGACCACUGUGGCUACGACCUGCCCUGGGCUCUGCACAGACUGCUGCCCUGUCUGGGAGGAGCCCCCUACCACCAAGCCCACCAUAGUAUCUACAUCGGCAACUAUGCCCCCUACUUCACCCACUGGGACCACCUCUUUGGCACAUAUCGUGCAUCGGUGCUGCAUUCACGUCCAGAGUGACAAAACUGUUGCAUGCAGCAAACUGGGGAUUGCUCAAGUUCCAGCAAAUCUGUCAAGAUGCACUGAAGGAUAUUUUCUGCAGAUUUUGGUUGUUCCUGAUCUGCUUUUUAUUGCACAUUUCAUGAGGAAUCUGUGAUCCUACAGUUUACAGCAAACCAGCCAUUGCCAAUGCAGUCACAUAUCUUUAUAAUUCCAUAAACAAGACUAAAGAUACUGUAUGUUUCCUUGUCAAUGCUCUCAGAAUUCACUAAGUUCAGAGACAAACAUCAUGUUCACCUGCAGUAUUUACAAUUUCAGCUGACAAUGCCAUUUUAACAUGUAUAUCUACAGCUGUUCUAUAUCAAGUGAAUGCAGCACGAGAUGAGGAGAGCGCAGAGAUGACACAAAAAAAUCAGGGCAAUGGAACAAUGAACAACUGCCUGACCUAAUGUGCAGAUGAUUUGUCCUCAUGACAUGGGUGUGUCUUUAGAUGGAUUUAUGUGCUGUCAUAUUGUAGAUGUAAUGCAGAUAAUCUGUGACACAUUUAUUUUGGUCAGUGCUGAUCAUAUGUGAGUCUGAGUGAAUAUCUGAAGUGAGCUGAUAUUCUCUCAUGCCAGGCUACGUUACAAACUGCUUAAAGGAAUAGUAUGACAUUUUUGGGAAAUAUGUUUAUUUGCUUUCUUGCAGAGAGUUAGAUGAGAAGAUCAAUAUCCCAGUAAAUUGGAAGCUACAACCAGCAGCCAGUCAGCUUAGCACAAAGACUGGAAUCACCUGGCCAAGAAAUAGACCGGCACAUAACAAACUGUAAAACCACACAUUUUUGUACAGAUUAAACAAAUGAUAUAUAAUGUGUUAAUUGGUGAGCAGAUCUUGUUCCCCCUGUUUUCUGUCUUGGCGCUAAGCUAAGCUAAACUGGCUGUUGACUGUAGCUUCAUAUUAACCAUACAGUUAUAAAAGUGGUAUCGAUCUUCAUCCUACACUUGCCAGGAAAGCACAUAAGUGUAUUUCCCCAAACUAUUCCUUUAAUAAUACUAAGUGAAUUGAUAUCAGUCUCAUUUCUUAUGAAAGGUAAAGUAAGUCUUUAGUUUUUGCAAAACCUAAUUAUUUCAGUGGAACUUUCUACAAUGUAAGAAUAAUAUUUGAAGUGAACGUUCCUCUUUGAGCCAAAACUGUUAUAUAAUUUGUACCAUAUUGUCUUGAUAGUAUUUUCUUGAAGACUCUGCUAUAUUCAAUGCUAUAUUGGUCCUAUACAUGUGAUUGUAAACCUUUUUCAUGAAUCAUCAUUUCUAUACAAAAGGCCUUACAAGUAUUGGGCUUGAUAAACAUGAGGAAAUAUAUGAAAGGUAAACAAAGACUUAGUGUGUUGUUGUUCGCCUCAGGUUCAGGUUUCUGUUGUACUGCUGUGGUUUGUGUGGUUAGUAUUUGUAUGCUCUAGGCCUCUCAGCUGUCUACGUUCUCUGUAAACCGGUUCCACAGGGAUCGUUUGAACAAUCAAAACCACGUGUUUAUAGGGAUGAGAAACCUUUCUGUCACCAUUUGCAGUUGUCUGUUUAUUACAGAGGCAUUUUCAUCAACCCCCCUAAAAUCCAGUAACAACAGCAUCCUCAACGGUUAUUUUCAACAGAAUGCAGCUGGGAUGAUGCCAGAGGAUGGGUAGCAAAGAGCUCGAGAUUGCUCAAGCUUCCUACACUACAUCACAGUGAGAUAUGGCGUCCAACACUUAAUGACUAUAUGUAUAUAUAUAUAUGUUUUAUUACUUUACUUUCGCAAUGAUGUGUCAUUUUGAGCAUGAUUUUAACAUGUAGUAAUUCAACACUUACAAAUUAGAUUAUUCUAAUCAGCCUACUCAUUAACGACUAAUAAUAUAUUUUUUGAGGGUCUCUGGCUAGUGAAAGUCAUGAAGAAUGGCAGUUGUGUGAGAGUACUUUUUGUCCUGACUUGCGCUGAGCUUAAUUUGCUGAGAAAUCAGUCUGAGGGUUGGUUUUUUUUGGGGCCUGCAUAAGCAUGAGAACUACACUGAACAUCUGUUUUUUAUUACUGACAAUGGCCUUUUUGAAAUUGCGCAACAUCAGAGUCAAAUACAAAUUGUUAAAAGGUGUUUGAACAUUUGGAGGUACUUUUGCAUAUUACCACAAAGUAAUAGUUGCGCAAUGUGUACUUUUCCUGGGAAAUGAAGAGAUUCGAGGAAAGAGCAAAAGAUGAGUACUGGGUGGUGGUGAUGCCAAAAGAUGGAAUGAUAAACAUGUGACCCAAAACGGAAACAAUCAGGCCCUAUUACAGACCCCACGUCAGAGUCAGGGCGAGUCAUGCAGCUUUGGAUGACACACACCAAAACACACGUUCACAGUGAGACACACAUCGACGUCCUGCAGCCAACGUCAUGAUGUCAGGCACUGGAGCAUUACAGGAUUUUGAGGCACUUUGAACCGUCUGUACAUUGGGGAAGUUUGUUUACUUGUUGUAAGGUGUGCUCCUAAAUUUAUCACGUAGGCUAAAUCCUUCACAAACUCCAGAAUCUUUCGACAGAUGGAGCCAUGUCAAAACGAGAGAGAGAAAGCACAGAGCACUCUCCACCAGUCCUUAUCAUCAGAGCAAAUACUAAAGACUUCCCAUUUCAUCAUAAUUCCUGAACAUUUGCCAUUCAGUGACAAAGGCCAGAUUCAUAUUUCUUCCACCAUUCUGUAAAUAUUCAAUUAGUGAGCUUUACAUAGCUGACACCGCCUGAGGUUCUUGCCCUCUGGUCUGUAACCACUUUUAGACAACUUGUUUGCUUUCUGAAACAUCUCAGUGCACUUGUCAUUAGUGGGCUGUUGCCAAAGAAGUUUUUGAGGAAGCUUUGAACAGCCAACACAAGCUUAUAAAACUGCAACUUCAGUUAUGACACACACUGUCUGACUGCAUAUAGAUGAGAAAUCAGUGUAUGUACAGCACGUGCUGUAGCUUAUUAGUAUUUUAGUGUAUGGUGGUCCACAAAAAUAAAAUAAACCUUUUGUCAAAACAGUACACUAGGAUGUAGCAGAAGCAUUACAUAAUCAUCAUUUCGUAACAAUGUAGCAAUGGUAUUAUUAUUGCAUAUGUUAUAUUUACCCCAGACAUACUGCUCACCUACCUUUUGUUACUGUUACUAAAUAAAUUACUACAAUAACUGCA